AUGGCUGACAUCGAGAUGUCCGACCAGUACCACCCUGUCGAUGACGAGGACACGAUCAUGCACGACGCGAGCAUGCUUCCCGCCGACGAGUCUGAACUGGGAGUCAUGGAUUCUUCUUAUGAUCCUAUGGAUAUCAGUCCCCUCUCAAUGAGAAAUCCAUCUCCCGUUGGCGCUCAGCCCAAGGGCACCGUCCUGGGUCACCUUCCCAACCCCUCAGCUGUUGCCUCCGGACUUGACCAAAACUACGCGGUGCCCGCCUUCCCCAAUUAUGGCGCUCAGCCCAAGGGCACCGUCCUGGGUCACCUUCCCAACCCCUCCGCUAUUGCCUCCGGACUUGGCCAGAACGACGCGGCGCCCGCCGUCCCCAAGUACAACGGAAGGGGCUUUUCCCACAAUAUCACUCGUUCUCCCGUCAUCCGUGUGACUCGACGAUUCUCGCCCAAGUCCCCGAUUCACAACCCAUACCUCACUACCAUCAAUCCUGCAAAAUCGGUCUUGCGACCCCUCCAUCUACAAAACCAAACUCCUGUCAAAGAUCCCCUCGAGAGAAUGAAACGAAUGUUCCGCCCCCCUGACAAAGGGUUGGUGAUGGUCAAUUCGUCUGAACAAAUCUCCGAGAAGAAGAUCGAUCAAGUCCCCGAAAUCAAAAUCUCCGAACCAUCCUCCGAGGACAAGUCUGCUGCACAGAGCUCCAACGACAAGACUACCCUCCAUCUCAAUGUGAAGGAAACACCUUCUGACUUCCAGUUCCCCUUCAGAGUUCAUGAACCGGAAGCAUCCAGGAAGAGAUGCUACAACGACGGCCCAGCCCACCCCUGCAACUACCAGGUUCCUGAAGUGGCCGGUCACAUCAACACUAAGUAUCGUCGCGUGAGCAUUAACGACUUUCCGGUCUCCGCUAUGAAGGCGAACGACAAGCAAAAGCCCGCCGAGUCUCUUCACACUCCUCCCACCCAUGAUCGUGCGGCCUCCGAUCGCGUUACCGACGAGCACAUGUCCGCUCAAAACGGCCACAGAGUCCCUUCUAUUACCACCCCUCACCACAUUCCCGGCGCGUGGCCCGAAUCAUCUCCUGUCUACGAUCCUCUCUAUGCUACAGUUGAGGACGUUAUGAUGACAGGUGCUAUUACUACUGUACAAGACGAUAUUGUUAUGACUGAUGAAAACGAAAACCCCAAAACAAAAAUCAACAACAUGGCGAUCGAUUCCAUGGAAAUCGAUGAGCGCAACCAAGCAACCCAAAACAUGGACAUUGACCAGAAUGAAGCCCCUCUUGGGGAACAAAAUGCAAACUUCUGGCGCGGCUAUUGGCAUGGCUACUGGCAGGCGGCUUACCAGGGAACCACGAAGGCAGUUGGCACUUUGCUCAACUUCGUCAGAGACACCUUUUCUUCCUCUCCUUCGUUUGGACCCGUUGUCGACCAGACCUUCAGCAUCUUUCGACGGCGCCACCGUACAUCUCCCGAACGUCGUCGUGGAUCUCGUGAGUCUUCCCCCACCCAUCAGCAUUCCCCGACACGAGCAAGUCUUCGUUCGCUGCCCGAAGAACAGCGACACAAAAUCCGUUGCCACAAAUGGCGCAGCGACCGCAGAUCAGCAGGCCCAGUUGAGCUGCCUUUCCCUGAACUCCACAUUGAGUACCCCCAGUCUCCCGCAUCUAUCGAUUCCUCUUCGCCGAACAAAGAUCAGAAGAUGCCGGGAGCCAUAUCAUCCAAGCGGGCCAAGAACCCGAAAUUUACACACAGGCAGAAGGAGAAGCGCAGUCACCGUCACAGACAUGGACGUUCCAGUUCUAAACACGACUCUCGAAACGCAAAGGGUAAUCGGUCCUCCAUGUACGGCGUCCACAAGCAGCCUGCUACAGCUAGCACUCAUCCAAGUCAGGCAUGGGUUCAGCCAAUGAGCCCCAAUGUUCAUCGUCGAGUGUUUUUCGCUCAUACCCCCCCAAGAAGAUACCCCGAGCUGGCCGAGAAGGAACGGCAAUACGCUGCAUGGAGAAAUGGUCUCGGCGAAAAGCGCAGAAAGGAGAAGGAACUCGAAGCUCAGAUCCAGGAGGCCGCUCGUGCUGCAGCUGCGGUCCGGAAGGAGGCAACGGGCCGAGCAGGUGAUCAACGCACAUCGAAGGAGAAAGAAGUCCUCCAGGAAAACCAGAAAACCCAAAAAAACCAACAAAAACAGGAAAAACAAGAAAAAAAGAAGAGCCGCAAAGUCCACUUCCCCGAGUCGCCCAACUUGGCCACAGAGAUUGCUCCGCACCUUCGUCCCGCUGCUUCGGAGACCAAGUUAGAUGAAGAGCAGAAGGAGAACAUCGUCCCCACCACUGAAGAAAGCGAGAAAGGCCCGGAAGUUACCGUUGAGAAUGUCGCAGAAGCUGCUGUUAUUGACGAAGCGCCCCCCGAUACCGCUUCCGAGUCUGAGACCGACGAGGAUCCGUGGCUUCGCCUUGAUACCCCCUUUGGAAGACCCGUUUCUGCCGUGAGAUUGUUCUAUCCGGAUCCCCAGCCCCUUCCUGCUGGCAGAACAGAGUCCAUCUACGCAUCUGAAUGGCGCGAAAUGGAAGAAGAAGAGAAGCGCAAACAGCGCCAGACACGAAUCCGCCCCGACGGCCCUGCUGUACGUCCACUCAGUGAGGCAUGGGAACGUAAGGUUUCGGAACUCAGGCGCUUGCCCCCCAGUCGGAAGGUGGCGACGACCCUGAACGGCGAUCCCUUGAGCCAAAAAGAUCUGGUGACUUGCUACACGCCCAUGGCCUGGUUGAAUGAUGAGGUGAUCAACUCUUACCUCGCCAUCAUCAUCGAAUACCUCCGCCGGACCCACAACAACGCGGGCCGGCACGACAAGCCGCGGUUCCACGCAUUCAACUCGUUCUUCUUUGCGAACUUGCGCGACAAAGGCUAUGAGAGCGUCCGUCGUUGGGCCUCAAGGGCCAAAAUUGGGGGGGAGUCCCUCCUGGAUGUCGACACCGUCUUCGUCCCAGUCCAUCACAACUCCCACUGGACAUUGAUCGUUGUGAAGCCGAUGGCUAAGACCAUCGAGCAUUUUGAUUCUUUGGGCCCGCCCUCCCGGAGCCACAUCGCCGUGAUCAAAUCAUGGCUCCGGGAGGAGUUAGGCCCAAAGUUUCGGGGGGACGAGUGGACGGCGUUGCCGUCCCAGUCCCCCCAACAAAACAACGGAAGCGACUGCGGCGCUUUCCUGCUUUCCACUGCCAAAUCAGUGGCCAUUGGGCUCGAGCCGAUGUCCUACGGCGCCACCGACGUACCGUUGUUGCGCCGUAGGAUCGUGGCCGAGCUCAUGGCCGGUCGCCUAGAAGGGGAGUUUGACCCCGCCCAUGGUGGGGAGGUGCUGCUCUAA